CCUCCCAAUCAUGUGAUUCAGGUGUUCCAAUCCCCUCCCAAUCAUGUGAUUCAGGUGUUCCAAUCCCCUCCCAAUCAUGUGAUUCAGGUGUUUCAAUCCCCUCCAUAUCAUGUGAUUCAGGUGUUCCAAUCCCCUCCAUAUCAUGUGAUUCAGGUGUUCCAAUCCCCUCCAUAUCAUGUGAUUCUGGUGUUCCAAUCCCCUCCAUAUCAUGUGAUUCAGGUGUUCCAAUCCCCUCCAUAUCAUGUGAUUCUGGUGUUUCAAUCCCCUCCAUAUCAUGUGAUUCAGGUGUUCCAAUCCCCUCCAUAUCAUGUGAUUCUGGUGUUCCAAUCCCCUCCAUAUCAUGUGAUUCAGAUGUUCCAAUCCCCUCCUAAUCAUGUGAUUCAGGUGUUCCAAUCCCCUCCAUAUCAUGUGAUUCAGGUGUUCCAAUCCCCUCCCAAUCAU